AUGACAGAUAUACCACAGAGCACCACGGUUCUGGUCGCCGGUGGUGGGCCUGGUGGGUCUUUUGCCGCGUCGGCACUUGCCCUCGAAGGUAUCGAUGUGGUAGUUCUGGAAGCAGACAAAUUUCCUCGCUACCACAUUGGCGAAAGCAUGCUUCCGUCCAUGCGGUACUAUCUUAAGCUUAUUGACGCCUAUGAAAAGUGGAACUCGCACGGGUUUAGAAUCAAGAAUGGUGCUGCUUUCAAACUUAAUUGGUCACGUCCAGAGGCCUACACCGAUUUCAUCGCGGCUGGCGGACCCCAAGGACACGCCUGGAAUGUGAUCAGAUCUGAGGGCGAUGAGCUGCUUUUCAAGCAUGCCGGUGAAGUUGGUGCCAAGAUAUUUGAUCAAACCAAGGUAGACUCUAUUGAAUUCGAGAGUAGAGACGAGAGCACAAGUUCUGCUCUCGCUAAUCCGGGUCAACCUAUUGCUGCUACCUGGAAGCGCAAGGAUGGCACCACUGGGAAGAUAUCAUUCAAAUAUUUCGUCGAUGCUAGUGGACGACAAGGUCUUCUCAGCACGAAAUAUUUGAAGAACAGGCACUACAACCAAGGACUGAAAAAUAUUGCAAACUGGGGUUACUGGAAAGGUGCUGGUGCGUAUGGCACGGGCACCAAGAGAGAAGGCUCGCCCUAUUUUGAGGCCCUCAAAGGUAAGAUUGAACAAUUUCUCAAUUUCAGCAGCCUCACCUUCUCCGCUUUGAGCUGUGCUAACGCCAACUUUCUUUCCAUAGACUCUGCUGGUUGGGUGUGGUUCAUCCCCUUGCACGAUGGAACUUGGUCUGUGGGUAUUGUGCAAAAUCAAGACCAGGCAACGGCAAAGAAGAGAGAGUUAGGCUCACCUUCUAGCAAAGAUUUCUAUCUCCAUUCUCUUAAUCUGGUCCCUGGUAUCAAAGAGCUCAUCGGCGAAGGUGAGCUUGUUUCGGAGAUCAAGUCAGCUUCCGAUUGGUCCUAUAGUGCCUCUCACUAUGCAUUCCCAUACGCUCGUGUAGUGGGAGAUGCAGGAGCAUUUAUUGACCCGUUCUUUUCCACGGGUGUCCAUCUAGCAAUUCACGGCGGUCUAUCCGCUGCAACUACUAUCUCUGCGUCUAUUCGAGGCGACACGACAGAGGAGCAAGCCGCUCAGUGGCACUCACAAAAAACAGCGACCAGCUACACUCGUUUCUUGGUUGUAGUUAGCAGCGCCCUCAAGCAGAUCAGGCUUGGAGACGAACCAGUUCUGAGCGAUUUUGAUGAACAGAGCUUUGACAGGGCAUUCGAUCUCUUCAGACCCGUCAUCCAGGGAACUGUUGAUGCCGACACAAAGGGUGGACUCACUCAAGAAGUAGUUUCUAAGACAAUCGAGUUCGCCUUUCGCUCGUUCUUGAAUAUCGACCCUGAGUUAAAAGAGUCUCUCGUUCAGAAGCUCAAGAGCGCCAACUUGAACAUCGAUGCCAACGAUGAAAGUACCAAUGCAGCAAUUGACGAGAUCCAGAAGAGCCUUACACCUGAGGAGUCGGAUGCCUUGAAUGUUCUCAGAGGAAGAAAAAUGUUACGUCACGAAGACAUUAUCAACGUCGAGAAUUUCACCAAAGAUUCAAUCGGUGGAUGGGUGGCUGUUCUGGAACGCGGAAAGCUAGGUCUGAAGAGAGGGGAAGCUGAAAAGCUUCGCAAGGCUGACUUGUUCUCUGUUGGAUUUUUGGAGAGGGACACUCCCGAUGUUGACAAGUUCUUGACGGAGAAAAAGAAAAACGGGGCUGAAGAAGCUUCUUCCGUCAAUGGUACAGCAAACGGAGACAGCCAUACCACAAAUGGUGCCAGUAAUGGUAUCAAUGGAUCCCAUGUGUCCAAUGAAGGUUCCAACGGACACCCAACACCUCAAAACCCCGCUCUAGGAAAACUUCUGAGCCCAGUCUUGGGAGAUGGACUCUCUCUAGACGAAUCGAGCAGACAUUUCUUGAUCGAGACCUUCCACGAGGCAGCAGAAAAGUUGGAAACUCCCCAUGACACAAUGAGACGUUUAGCUGAUACAGGUCGCCAGCUUUCAUUGAUAAAAAUCGGGAACAGCUUAGGAGUAUUCGAGGCCUUAGCGAAGAGUGAUUCGCCGUUGAGUAUUGAUCAGCUCGCAAAGCCUACCGGUGGCGACCCUCAAUUGGUGCGGCGCCUUCUGCGCUACUUUACUGGACACCGAUUUGUCAAAGAAGUGAACAAGGAUCACUUUGCUGCGACUCAGCAUACCAAAACGCUGGCAGACUCCGGCAUCGCAUCAACCUUGGAAUUCUUCCGCGUUGUGAGCAACCCGGCGUUCCAUGUUCUUCCAGAAUUUCUUGAGGAAAACGGCUAUCAAAGCCCAGGCAACGGAAUAAGCUCAUUCCAUAAAUCUGUCGACACUGACUUGAAUUUCUUUGCCUGGGCAAAGGGCAAUCCCAAGAUUCUUAAGCUACUACAAGGUGUAAUAAGCGUCCACAAAGAAGGAGAUUGGCUUAGUGCCAUCCCUUUUUCUGAGGCAAUCGCAUCCACGGAUAAGGAUCGAAAGAUCUUUGUUGACAUAAAUGGCAAUGUUGGUCUUCAAUCGAGACGGCUUCUAGCAGCCUAUCCAGAGCUUGCGGGUCGCAUCGUACUCGAGGACCGAGCGGAGGCAGUCAAGUUCUCACCUCCAAUUGAAGGUGUCGAAAAGGUUGGACAUGAUGUGUUCACUCCUCAGCCAGUAAAAGGUGCCAAAUAUUACUAUCUGAACGCGGUGUUACAGACCCUGGAUGACGAACCUGCAGUUGCAUUGCUUAAGAAUAUCGUUCCAGCUCUGGGCCCGGACUCACAGAUCCUCCUGGAUGAAGUAGUACUGGCCGAAACAGGUGCUAAUCUCUACCCCAUUGGUCUUGACAUUCAGAUGCUUGCAAUAUUUGGCUCCAAAGUCCGUACUCUCGAACAGUGGCUUAGUCUGCUCGAUCGCGCUGGACUCAAAGCUCAGGAAGUGAAGGCAUACACCCCAGUCAUGCGAUUCUCAAUUAUUUUUGCUGUUGCCAAAUAG